AAGAGAAAUAAAUGUUUAUACAUCCUGCAGAGACACGUGCGCCCUUUAAAUCAAUUGAUUUGCUCUCACGGUGGUAACAACGUGACUUUGUUAUUGUGUUAACGUGGGGGGGCAAGUGUUUGUCGUUUCUAUAGCAACCGCGUUGACGGACGUUGAGACUGGUACUAACUGAGGCUAAAAAGGUUCACUGGAGAAACGAUGGAUUCCCAGUCGCUGUACUUUUCCCUGGAACUCGUCGCCGGAAGCGGGAACACUCUCAACAUCGAGCAGAGAGCCGCCCUGCAGACCUCCCUGGUGAUUCUGCAGAAAAACUACAAGUUCCAGCGAGUCCUGCUCUGGGGCAAAGUGCUGGGGCUGAAGGCGGAUUAUUUUAUUGCUCAGGGGAGAGGAGAGGAUGAGAUGAAGGAUAGGAAGAAUCUGUAUAGCUUGAAUUGUGUGGACUGGUUCCUGCUGCCCCCUGCCACAGCCCCUUUAAUCGACCAAGUGUCCAGCGCUGCCAAGGGUCGCUUCACAGGAGACCCCUCACAUGUGUACGAGCAUCGGGACAUCCACAGGCGAGGAGAUGGAGAUGAAGAAGAGGAGGUAGUGACCAAAGUGAACGAGGAGAUCAGGCUGGCAGUGACAGUUCAUCACAUCGAAGAGGAAGUGUCUGUGGUACCACGAGGUGCAUUCGUCAAGAGUCCACACGGCCUAGUCCAGAUCAACCGCAGCUUUUGCGGUCUGACUUACUCUGAAUCGGGAAAGCUCAACAGCUUCCUGCACUUCAGCGAACCAAAGAAUCUGAAAAAGAAGAGCCUCCUAGAGACGAGUCAACUCAACCCAGCUAUUGACUUCCUGGAUGUGCUGAGUGAUGACGUUCCUAAAGGAUCAUGGAGUCUCCAGUUUGAAUGUGGCAGCAAAGUGUGCGUGCUUCGCAGCCUGUUGUGGCUCGGCCUGACCUUCUACCACGUGCCCAUGACGCCACAGCACGGAUACAUCUACAUCGGUGAUGGGGCCAAGAAUUUGGACCUCGCCUUCAUGCUGUAAAGAGACACUUAUAGACGUAUUCCAGGCUGCAGGUUUUUCAUACAUCUCUUCAAAACCAAAGUCGGUUCUAUGCAGCAUAUUGCACGACUAUUUAUCUUUUCUUUUACGCACUUCGUGUCUACAAGCUUUCUCUUCUAUUUAGUUCUCAUGCAUAAAGGCUGCUCCUAUACAGUAAACAAAUGCUGAGGUAGAAUAAACAGACAUUUUAUUUGCA